GCGGUGACGCGCGGCUCUCACGUGACCAGGAGCCUAUGUCUGCCCAAGUCCCUCUCGUCCUGGUCCUUUUUGCCUGUCCACACACCAUCUGUGUAUUGCCCUUUGGUCGAAGGGAAAAGCAGAAAUAAGUCACAGCGGGGCACCUCCAGGAGAGAACGCUCGGGAGCCAACAGCCUGGAGAGACCAUUGCCAACAUGGAAAAAUCCUGCCAAGCAAAUGAAGAACAGCCACAGAGCGCGCCCAAGACGGAGGAGGAGCAACCUCCCGCGGAGCAGUCUUCCGAAGAGCCGAGUCCAGAGGAGCCGUCGUCCGAAGAGCCGAGUCUAGAGGAGCAGUCCUCCGAGGAGCAGUCCUCGGAGGAGGAGUUCUUUCCCGAGGAACUCCUGCCCGAGCUCCUGCCGGAGAUGCUGGUGGCGGAGGAGCGCCCCCCUCAGGAGCGCCUUUCUCGGAAGGACCUGUUCGAGGCGCGCCCUCCCAUGGAGCAGCCUCCUUGUGGAGUGGGGAAACAUAAGCUGGAAGAAGGAAGCUUUAAGGAAAGGCUGGCUCGUUCUCGCCCGCAAUUUAGAGGGGACAUACACGGUAGAAAUUUGAGCAACGAGGAGAUGAUAAAGGUAGCAGAGGAGAUGGAAGAGAUGAAAAGAGUACGAAACAAAUUGAUGAUCAUGCACUGGAAGGCCAGACGGAACCGUCCUUAUCCUAUGUAAUGUGUCAGGCCUUCGAUGCUAGUUGGCCUGAUUUAAGUAUUGCCACCUGAACUUUGCAUUGUCUCGUAUCCCUCUGGCCAUCUUCUUCAUUUUAAUUUUUUGUGUGGCUUUAUUUAAGGUGUUUCACUUGGGCUUCCACUCCAUCCCCCAUCUGCAAUUCUCUCUCUUCCAAUCAUGUGUCUCACCUAUUUGCAUGUCAAGAUGGACGUUAUAUAUUGUGAAGUGAAAAGAGCAAUUUUUGAAAAGUAUAUGUAAUAUCCUGCUUUUGUAAAAAAUGUAUAUUUAUAUAUUAAUAUGCAAAGAAAAACUGAAAGUAUAUACUUCAAAGGCUUAACAGUGGCUAUCUAAGUGUGAUAAGAUAAUAGAUGACUUUUUUGUCUGUUUUCUUUCCAUGUUUGCUUUGUUGGAACUUCUCGUUUUUUCAAGACGAACACAUUUGUGUUGCAAAAAAAAACCCAAUAUAAUGGGAAAAAAUGUAAAGCAAUUAAAAAACUGUCUAUCAGUUUAUAAAGACAAUGUGGCACUUAAUAAAUACUUGUCAGAACUUAAA